AUGCCGCAGGAAGAUUCACCAACCAAGACCUCUGGAGAGGAAUCUUUUCUCUCACAACCAAACUCUGACGCCCAAGGCCAACUCACUGUGGCGGUCGAUGAGCUUCUCGACCAACUUCAGGGCAAAUUUGACAAUGUCUCCAAGGAGAUGUUCAGCAAAUUGGAUGACAUGACUCGCCGCCUAGAUGAAUUGGAGGCCUCUCUGUCUGCUGCGGGGAGCGAUGCGGGCUCAGCGACUACUACGCAGUGA